GGAACUGAGGCAGGCUGAGAUGUCCUUCCUUGCGCUUAUCCGCAGAGGUGCUGUGCUCAGGACCCCCGUGCCAUGAUCACAUCCCGCACCACCCGGGAUCCGGGAUCCGCAAGAGCCUGCUGGAAGACGAAGGACCUUCCCCGGGACGGUCCUGGGCGGGACACGCUCAUCGCUGGGAGUGGAGCAGACGCCUCUGCCCAGGUUCCUCUGCUGCCUGCCCUGGUUCACCGUAAAAUCCUCAGCGUGAGCUGGCCGGACACUCCGAAGCCCCGUGGGCUCUGCCUGGCUCUGCAGGCCGUGCAGGAGGCAUCAGAGCAGCAGCGGGAGAAACGUCAGCCCUGGGCCCCGACACUGGCCUCCAAGGAGCUGCUGGCAUCUCCCUGCACACAGGCAGCAGCCACCCCAGGGCAGGCAGCCUCCACCAUGGACCUGGAGAAAACAGGAGGGAGGAUCUGUGGUGGGAAACGUGCCAGCCUGCCAGCGUCCCGGCCCUUCCCGGUGAUCCAGAAGGUGAUGGCCUCCAUGGCGCAUCUGCAGGAGGAGAAGCUGCGGCUUCAGGAGCAGCUGCUGGGGCUGCAGGAGAAGCUUGCUGCCCGGGAGAAUGACGAGCUUUCCCUGUCUCUCCAGCUGCAAGGCCAGGUUGAAGCUCUGAAGGCAAAGCUCCUGGAGCAGGCGCAGGAGAUCGGGCGGCUGCGCUCGGAGCUGGGCAGCACGGAUGUGGAGAAGCACCGGGACCUGCUUGUGGCUGAGAACGAGCGCCUGCGUCAGGAGGUGAAGGUGUGCGAGGGGGAGCUGCGGGAGCUGCGGCAGCAGCAGCAGACACCGUGCCAGGACUGCGCUCACCUCCAGGAGAACGCGGGGCUGCAGGAGCGGCUGUCCCAGCUUCAGCGGGAGGCGGAGGAGGCGCGGGCCAAGCUGGGGGAGCUGGAGCUGGAGGUGCAGCAGAAGACGAACCGCUUGGCCGAGGUGGAGCUGCGGCUCAAGGACUCCCUGGCGGAGAAAGCCGAGGAGGAGGAGCGGCUUAGCCGGCGGCUGAGGGACAGCCAGGAGACCAUCGCCAGCCUCAAGUCCCAGCCCCAGCAGAUAAAGUACACCAUCAAGAUGGUGGAGGUGGAAUCAGCCAAGGCCAAAUAAGCCCUGUGCAAGAGCCAGUCCCUAAACCAGUACCUGCAGGAGCAGGUGGGGGUGCAGAGGCAGGUGCUGAAGGAAUUGGAGCAACAGCUGCAGAGCUCCCAGCAGACAGAAGCUCAGCUCAGAACCCAGAUCACGAUGUACGAAGCUGAGCUGGAGCAAGCCCAUGGGCAGAGGCUGGAGGAUACGCAGGUGAUGGAGGAGGAGGAGAACCAUGCCAUUGAGGAGGCGUUUUCCCAUGCCCAAGCGGAGAUGAAGGCAGUGCACGAGAACCUCGCAGGCAUCUGGACCAACUUUCUGACGAUGCAGCCAGCACUGCGCACCCUCACCCACAACUACAACAGCCUGAAGCAGCAGGUCUGAGACUUCCCCCUGCUCCUCCAGGAAACCCUGCGGAGCGCCAGGGCCAUGAUCAGCCAGGCCAUCGAGGAGGUGCACAGCACCAACUAGGAGCUGCUGUGCAAGUACCGCCACGAGCUGCAGAUCCACAAGAAGUGCCACAAUGAGAUGUUGCAGCUCAAAGGAAACAUCCGUGUUUUUGGGCGGGUCCGCCCCAUUACAAAGGAGGAUGGCGAGGGUGCAGAAGCAGCCAACGCGGUAACCUUUGACGCCGACGAUGACGCUGUCCUGCACCUCCUGCACAAGGGGAAGCUGGUGUCCUUCGAGCUGGAUAAGGUCUUCCCCCCACAAGCAUCACAGGAGGAGGUCUUUCAGGAGGUUCAAGCCCUGGUCACUUCCUGCAUCGAUGGCUACAACGUCUGCAUCUUCGCCUAUGGGCAGACAGGGGCAGGGAAAACCUACACGAUGGAGGGAACACCAGCAAACCCACUGACCAACCAGCGUGACCCCCAGCUCCUCUCAGACGUGCGGGGCAAACCGGCAGACUGGGACAUGCCACAGUCUCAGUCCUCCCGACAUCUACAUACCCCUUCACCCAAGGACCUGCUGGGGAAGGAGCUAAAGGAGAAGCUGGAGAUCAAGCUGUGUCCUGAUGGCAUCAGGCAGCUCUAUGUGCUGGGGCUGACCAAGUUCAGGGUGCAAAGUGUGGAGGACAUCAACAAAGUCUUCAAGUUUGGCCAUGUCAGCUGUGCAACAGAAUGCACUAACUUGAACAAGCACAGCUCCCGCUCCCAUGCCCUCCUCAUCAUCACCGUCCGCGGGCUCGACCGCAGCACAGGGCUGCGUACCACAGGGAAGCUGAACCUGGUAGACCUGGCAGGGUCGGAGCGUGUGGGGCGGUCGGGUGCAGAGGGCAGCCGGCUCCGCGAGGCACAGCACAUCAACAAGUCCCUCUCUGCGCUGGGGGACGUCAUCUAUGCCCUGCGCUCCCGGCAGGGACACGUGCCCUUCCGCAACUCCAAGCUGACCUACCUGCUGCAGGACUCGCUCAGCGGCGACAGCAAGACCCUCAUGAUGGUCCAGGUGUCCCCUGCUGAGAAGAACACCAGUGAGACACUCUGCUCCCUCAAGUUUGCCGAGAGGGUUCGCUCUGUGGAGCUGGGUCCUGUCUCCCGCAAGGCUGAGCUGGGCUCCUGGCCCAGCCAGGAGCAGCUGGAGGGUGACUCUCCGGGGACCGCAGCACCCCUUGGCCGGGCCCACAUGUCCCCCAGCCUGGGGCACCUCUCUGGCCGUGCCGCCUCCAUCCGCAGGAAGCUCCAGCCCUCAGGGAAGCUGAGGCCUGUGCCACUGUGACAAGUGCCAGCCUCGGCACCAAACCUGCUGCAGGACUGGGCCCCUCAUGUCACUACUGAGACCCGGCUGCUCAGAGACAUGAAGGCUUUGGUGCUGUUCCCUUGCCCAA